AUGGAUGUCAACCAGUCAGAGCGCAGCAAAGCGCACCUCAGCGAUGAUGAGAAGAUACCAGUACAGAUUCCUGAGAAUGAGAAGAUACCAGUUGAGCACCCGGAGAAAGCGCGCCCUGAGGUUGAGAUUCCCAUCUACAAUGAUGUAGAGCGUGUCGAUCAAACCGACUUGUCUUUUGCUGCAAUUCUAAAAGGCACCGCCGCAAACCCGCUCAACACCUUCGAGAAGAAAGCUGCUCUCAUCAACGUCGAACUUGAUAAAUUCGGAAUGGGGAAGUAUCAAAUCUGCAUCUGGUUCCUCUGUGGCUUUGGAUACUUUCUUGAUCUCGCAUGGUCACAAGGUGUCGGUCUGAUUGCUUCAGCCAUAUACCAGGAGAUGGGAGUCGCGGACUCACAUACUGGAGAUAUCUUUGCAAUCGCUAAUGCAGGACUGGCUGUUGGUGCGCUUGGCUUUGGUCUUGCGGUUGACAUUAUUGGCCGCAAAUGGGCUUUCAAUCUGACUUGCCUCAUCACUUCAGUGUUUGGACUAUUGCUGGCUGCCCCCAAGUACAACUACGCUGCGAUAUGUGCCAUUUACUUCCUCGCGUCGCUCGGUCUUGGAGGUAACAUCCCGAUUGAUGCAACCAUUGCGCUUGAGUUUCUGCCCCAUAACCGACGAUUCCUUGUCGCGCUUCUCUCCAUGUGGCAACCCAUCGGCGUCGCCAUUGCAUCUUGCAUCGCCUACGGUACCACCGGUCAAGCCAAAUGGCGCUGCGAUCCCGCACUUCCGGCUUGUCCCCAUGUCAAUUCUGGAGAAGCUUGCUGUACCGUUGGCAGCAACAUGGGAUGGCGAUACACUGUCAUCGUCCUCGGAUGCAUGACUUUGGCGGUAUUUUUCCUCCGUUACUUCAUCUUUACUUUCCAUGAGUCGCCCAAGUUCCUGCUUGCGAGAGGAAGAGAACAAGAGGCUCUCGACGUUCUGCACAGGAUUGCGAAGUUCAACAAGCAACCAGCCCCGACGUUGACCCUUGAGAUGUUUGCCGCUAUAGAUGAGGCAUCUUCCAAUGCCACAUCAAGCGCACAAGUGUCAGACGAUGGCCCUCAAGGAACCAAGGCCACUACCAAGAAAGUCGUUAGCGGAUUUGGCAAGGAGUUGACCCGCCUCAAGGGUAUCUUUACUAACAAACUGUCCGCUUUCAUUUUUGUCUUACUUGCUAUCACCUACAUGGGAGACUACUGGUCCUUCAACCUGGCGGGUAACUUCCUUCCGCUUAUCCUGUUACGAAACAACGUUGAUGAAGGCCGGGGAACCGUCAGCGACACCUACGAGCAGUACCUAAUUAUCUAUUUUCCGGGCAUCAUUGGCGCUAUCCUUGCUCUUGCUUCGAUUCAACUGCCUCUCAUAGGCCGAAAAUGGUCGCUGGUCUUCUCCGCCAUCUGCCAGGGUGUUUCUAUGGCUAUGUAUACUCAGGUGUCUAACACUGCGGCUUACGUGGGUUUGAACGCUUUGGAGUAUAUUAUGCAAACAUAUUUCAACGCCGUCUUAUAUGCGUCUGCUCCAGAGCUUUUCGACACUGUUUAUCGCGGCAGUGUCAGCGGCAUGCUUUCGUGUUUGGGUCGUAUCGCAGGAAUUGUUGCACCCUAUGCUGGUGCUCAGCUCCUCGCUGACAACAGUUCCGGUAUCCUUUGGCUAGGUGCUGGUGGUAUUUGGCUGUCUGCACUGCUGAUGUGCUUCUUGCCUGUGGAAAUGAAGAACAGGCAGAUGUUCUAA